GUCUCUAUAUAUGUGAAAGAGAAAGAGAGAAAGCUAGAUAGAGAUCGAACACCGAGCUUAUAUACUCUCUCUCAGUUUGCUCCCGUUCUUCUCGCGAAAUUCUCUCCUUUCUAUUCACUUUGAACCAACCAUCACUAAAAUAUCAUUCGUAUCUCAUCCUACAUUGAAAUAAUGUAUUUUUGAUUAUAUCAUUGUUAAGAGUUUGAUAAACGCGAGAUAAAAACAUUGUUCGCGAAUAUAGUUCUAUCGAUUUAAAAAAAAAAAAAACAAAAAAAAUAGAAAUAAAAAAGAAAGAUACAUCAUCGUCAUUAUCAUCAUUCAAUCGUUUUCAGACUGGUGGUCUGAAUUUGUUGUGGAAUGAUUGACAAGAAGAGGAUUAGGAUCAUAGAUUUUUAACAUCUAACAUCGUUUAAAUCAAUCUAAGGAUUUGCUUAUUCGACUAAUCGCAUAAGAUUGACGACAUUGUCUAAUUACUUCAAAUUACAGGAAUAACACGAGGAUUCGAUAUGCGACUCAAGGAGACCAUCGUCACGCUACCUUUGCAUCCUGGAGGACUGAACAAUAAUCAGCUUCAUAGAAACAACGAGAAUCAAGCAACCACAGAGGAAGUUAACAACCAAAACGAAACAUCAACCUCAACCGAUUUUGGAUUGGAAGAAACUGUUGAAUUUCACGUUGCCGAGGAUACUACCAUAUGGUCAUCUCUUGCUAUUGCACGUGAUGAUAUUCAAUUAAUAACAACGAACAACGGACGAAACAAUAUUAAUAAUAAUUUAACUACUUCAAGAAUACGUCGUAACAGUUCAAUCGAUAGUCUUGCUGAUUACGAAGGACGUAAUUCAUCUUCACGUGAGGAUUCAUCGUCCCACGAGUUAACACCUUCCGAGUGGUCGGAUCUUUCUGAGGAAGGAAACCUACCGUCAUCCGGUUGUUGCGGUAUAGUUAAUACAAAUUAUCCAGGAUUUCAACAUCUAGCACCUUCUUUAUUAUCGGACACUGAUCUUACCGAAGACGAACACGACAGUUGUCCUGAUUAUAUUCGUUUGAACGAUAUCGACGCUAGAUCAAGCGAAAACGGUAACGAAUAUAACAAUAAUAUCGACGAGAGUAUUAAUCAUCUUUGUGGACAAAGAAACGAUCAUAAAACUUUCUACGAAAAACCUAAAUUUAAUAUACAGACGGUUACUUCUCUGUACGAGUCAGUGGUGCCACCCUCAGAAAAGUGUAUAAACUACGUUAAAAGCGUUGAGGUUUCGAGAUCGGAAGAGAAGACUCUUUCACCGGAGCCAGAGAUCAUCGAGACUGACAAUUUCUUGACAUUAGAAUCUGAAGAUACGUUCAAUCAUCAUCAUCAUCAUCAUCAUCAUCUCCACCAUCAUCAUCAUAUCACAGAAGAAAUACUUCAAACUGAACACGAGGGACAAGAAUUGAACGUUGAACUGGAAGUAUUAAAAUUGUCCAUUGGUAAAAAGGAGACGUUGCAAUUUCCAGAGAUCGAGGAGAUCUUAGAUUCGGGAAAAACCAGCGAAAUAGGCGAGACGGAGGAUAGCGUGGUGGAGCAGCAGCAGCACAUCGACCUCAUACGCGAGGCAAAGGAAUUGCCUCGCAACGAACGCACCAAAAUAGGCAACCAAGCAACAACGACUACGACAACACCAUCACCAACACCAACACCACCAUUACCAAUACCAACAGUAACAGAAACAACAUUAUUAUCAAACGUUUCACCAGUUGACUCGGAAACAACCAAUACCGAUACCGAUAAUUACACGGAAGAACAAUCAACAUACACGAAACUUGAAGAAAUCGAUCUUCUAUCGAGUAUCGGCCGAGAUAUCGGUGUCGAUCUCGAAAAAUACGUACAAUCGGUACCGGACGUAAUAGCCAUGGAGGCCGUUGACACCGUGCGUUGUUCAUCGCGUGGUUCAUCCCGCGGUUCAUCGCGUUCCGCAUCCGGGAAUCGCAACAUGCGCAAGGAUCCACAUUCAGAAGACACCAAUAAGUUACUUGAUCGUGAUCUUUCCGAUACGUCCAGUGCCGAUUCUAGAAAGAAAGAAAAAACGGUAAGGAAUCAAACGAAAAGAAGACAACAACAGCAACAACAGCAACCAGUUCGUUCAUCAAAUUCAAGAAGGCCCGAUAAGAGAAGAGCCGAUACCGAGAACGGCCCAGGUGGAUUUGACGUGUUCAAUAUUGAGACGGCAAUGCCAAAAAUUGACCUGGAUGCUAUCGAAUCACAUUUAAGAGCAGCUGAAGAAGAACGACGGGAAGAUGACAACGAAACAACAACCAAAACACCUGUUCUUCUGGUACCGGAAGUGACGAUUCGUGAGAAACCAAAAGAAGAAGAAAAAGAUCCCGAGAGGGAAGAUUUGAUCGCAAGAUUCGAUAGAUUGAUACGAGGUGAUCCAGAUGAAACGUUACAGCGAAGAACUGACCGUGAGGAGAUUAGAAGAAGAUUAGCAAUGGGUCCGGACGCUGAAGACAUGCGCGCUGAACGAGGAAGAAAGCCAAGCCUUCAGUCACGUCUACAAAGUGGUAUGAAUCUUCAAAUUUGCUUCAUGAACGAAACACCGUCAGAUACUGAAUCAUCAUGCUCAGAAAGCGACGCCUUGCCGGGAUCAACACCAAUGUCCCGUGGAUCGAAACAACAAACAAAACAACAAGCACCCUCGAGACCACAAGUACUAAGCCUACCACCAUUGAGACUCGACUCUGGUACAAAUUCAGCCCCGGUUGAUGAAGCAGAUUUCUUUGCACGCCAAGCGAAACUUCAAACAGAAGCACGCAUGGCACUUGCACAAGCCAAAGAAAUGGCACAUAUGCAAAUGGAAGUUGAAAGGCAAAGGCUCAAACAAAGUCCAAUCACGGAAAUGGUUAGAUCCAGUUUGGAAAAAGUUGGCGUACAACUAGGUGAAGAUAGGCGACGUUUAUCACGAGUUUUACUUACGGAAUUAAACGUUGCACAGUUACAAGUAAUAGCUAAUGACUUACAUGCGAGAAUUGCUGCUUUGAACGAGGCUUUAGUUGAAGGACUCUUGAGUAGGGACGAUCUACAUAUGGAACAGGAUUCAAUGCUAGUCGAUGUUGAAGAUCUUACCCGAUACUUAGGUGCCAAGCAAGAAUCAAUGAAAAAGAAACAACAACAACAACAACAAACGGUUACCGCUAAUCGUAAUAAUCAACAACAACAACAACAACAGCAACAGCAACAAACUACGAUCAAUCAAUUAAAAAACACUAUAAAACCAAAACUGACGCACCGUAGUUUAGUUGCACUCGUUAGAAAAUAAUCUUUUGCCACGAGACUGCGUAGUCUCGUCGGAAAUUAAAAAUACGAGCGGAGAAAUUCAUUCAUCAGAGAGACGAAGAAAAAGAAAAAGAAAAAGAAAAAGAAGAAGAAGAAGAAGAAGAAGAAGAAGACUAA